AUGAAUAGAUAUAGAAAUAAAUUACAUAUAAGUAUAUUUAUUUUUUACCUAACUAUAUCACUUAUUUAUGGUAAUGCUGUAAAAAAAGUUAUUAAUGAGGUGGUAGAAUUUCCUUUACAAAUUCAAGGAUAUUCUCCAGAACAGUCUGAUGACUAUGUUGCAGUUGCCGUUAAAGCACCUAGUGGUUAUAUAAAUAAAUUUGUUCCACUCUCAAGAGCUGAACGUGUUCAUCAUAUGAUUUUAUUUGGUUGUGCAUCUUUACCAGGUAGCUCAUUUUUCUGGAGAGGAUUUUCAACAUGUGGUUUUGGAAAAAAUGCUAUUAUUUAUGCCUGGGCUAGAAAUGCUCCAUCAUUUGACUUACCUAAAGAUGUAGCAUUUGCUGCUGGGGAGAUAUCAAAUGGAAUAAAUUAUUUUGUCUUACAAAUUCAUUAUGCAGAUCCAUUCCAGGGUAAUGUAAAAGAUUACUCUGGUUUAAUGAUACAUCUUACACAAAAAGCUCCACAAUAUCUUGCUAAUGUUUUCCUUUUUGCUGGUGCUAAUCCAUUACCACCAAGACUUUCACAAUAUCAACAAAAUAUGUCAUGUACUUAUACAGGAAAAACACCACUUCAUCCAUUUGCUUUUCGUGUUCAUACUCAUCAAAUGGGUAGAGUUGUCUCUGGUUAUUAUAAGCAUAAUAAAAAAUGGAUUGAAAUUGGUAGAAGAAAUCCACAAUGGCCACAAUUAUUUCAAAAAAUUGAUAAAGAUCUUGAAAUUAAUACUGGAGAUUUACUUGCUGCAAGUUGUCGAUUUGAUACAGCUAACCAAGAUACACCAACAAAUAUGGGACAUAUGGGAAAAGAUGAAAUGUGUAAUUUUUAUAUGAUGUUUUAUAGAGAUAUUGAUGAACAAGAUCCAUUUCCAUUUGGAGCUGGUUGUUCUUCACAGGAAAGAUAUAAUGAAAUGUUAAGUGAAUAUCCAAAAGAAGGUUUACAAUUAUUACCUAAAAAUGAGAUGCUUGAAGCUAUUGCUGCACAAAGUAAAAUUAGAUUUGGUGUUAUUGAAAGAGAAAAAGUUUCUACUAUUGAUCAAUAUGAACUUGGACAAAUAUCUGGUUUAGCUUUUGAUAAUAAUGGUAAUCUUGCGGUAUUUCAUAGAGGAUCAAGACAAUGGAAUCAAUAUAGUUUUGGUUAUGAUAAUACUAUGAAAGAUAAACGUCCAAUAUCAGAACCUACAAUUCUUAUUCUCUCAACAAAUGGUAAUGAAUUUAAUUUAAUUCAUGCUUUAGGUAAAAAUAUGUUCUAUAUGCCUCAUGGUAUUUUUAUUGAUGAAAGUAAUUAUAUUUAUGUGACAGAUGUUGGUACACAUCAAGUACAUAAAAUGAAAAUUAAUAAUGGAAAAUUAGAAAUAAUAUUUAGUAUUGGGGAAAAAUUUGUACCCGGAAGUGAUAAAGAACAUUUUUGUAAACCUUCUGCUGUAGCUGUUUCAAAGUAUGAUGGUUCUAUUUAUAUUACUGAUGGUUAUUGUAAUAAUAGAGUAAUGAAAUUUUCUAAAAAUGGUAAAUUUAUAAAACAAUUUGGUAUGGAGGGAAAAAAUAGUGAAGAGGCAUAUGCUGAUUUGGGUACUUUUAAUCUUCCACAUGAUAUAUCAAUUGAUGAUAAAAAUAAUAAAAUAUAUGUAACUGAUAGAGAAAAUGGUAGAGUUCAAGUUUUUACUCCUGAUGGUGAACCAUUAUAUGAUAUUAAAGAUGGAAAUCUUUUUAAUAAUGUAUACUCAGCUCAUUAUUGUCCAGAUCAUGGUCUUAUUCUUAUACCUGGAGUACAAUCAGGUGAAUCAACAAGUAUCAAUGCUUAUGUUGUUCCAACAAACUCAACAAUGAUUCAAUAUGGAUUUGGUCCAAUGAAUGAUGUAUUUAAAAGAACACACAUUAUUAGAGCUCAAGGUGAUUAUGUUUAUGUUGGUGAAAUAGCUGGUUCAAGAGGAAAAUUAUGGAAAUUUGAAAUUGAAUCUGAUCAUCUUCUUAAAACAACUACAUUAUCUAGUGAAGGAACUACUGAAUCCUUAUCAACAGAAACUUCUUCUAUCAAAGAAAUACCUCCAAAAUCGAGUGGAGGCAUUCUUAUAUUUGCUCUUGUUUCAAUUGCCAUUCUUAUUGCAGGAUUCUUUGGUUAUAAAACAUUAAAGGUAAGAGAAAGGGACUCUACAACGGGAAUGAAUUUUUUUGAUAGGCAAAGUUUCCAACCCUUGAAAACUACAGACGAUAUGAGUGAUAGUGACGAUGAAAUUGGUGAGUAG